GACCAAUCCCUAUUUUUGUUGUUUGUCUAUGAUUUUUUGUAAACAAUAUUGUUUGAUUGAACAUGUGCAUCUCGUGUUUAUUAUUUAAGUUUAUUUAAAUUAGACAUGUUUUUUACAUUGUAAAAACGGAAAACUCGCAAUGUCCGGAUACUUGGAGAUUAAGUAUCCGUUUAAAUCUAAUUUGGGCUUAAAUCCUUUCAAGUCGUGGAAAAGACAAUGGUGUAUUCUGAGACCGAGUCCGACGUGCUCGGGGGCUUCUCUGGCGGUGUACUGCAGCGAGGCAGGUGCUUCGGCUGGGUCGGUGGAGCUGCCGUCGGGCUGCGUGGUGAAGAGAGCCAAGUCUCGCACGCGGCCACAUGCCUUCGCCGUGUUCUCUGUUGACGAGCCGCGAAAACCGCGCGUUUUGCUUGCAGCGCAAUCUCUUCAUGACACACAAGUUUGGAUGGAAAAAAUCCGGGCUUUGUUAAACGGAAGCAAAAUACUUGACAGCGAGCCAUUGCUCAAAGACUCGUACUCAGUGAGCGUGAUAGCCACGGAGUUGUCUCGGAAGUGCGGCCUGAGUGCUGAUACCGUGGUCACGCUGUCCCCGGGCGGCGUGAUCGUGGCUCGGGCCCACCUCGCCGCAUUCAUAGACUGGAAGCACAUCUCCGACGUGAGGCUCGAAGACGAAGAUGCAAACAGAAUAUGUGUGCUUGUUGUUGAUAGGUCGUUCGACAAAGGCGGCGGGCUGCUAAAGCUGUCGUCGCCGGUGUCGGGAGCCCUAGCCCGGGCCGCGCGGGCGCUUUGCGGGGCCGGCUUGCGCGCGCGGCGCCAGCUCAGCAAGAGCGACGGCGACCUGCGCGUGCAGACACAUGCCGACACUGAUAUAGGCGAUGUUCGUCGCAGCAGUUGGUACAGCGGCCCUUCAGAAGUGUCGUUAGACGAUAUUGAUCUCGUCAUGUCCAAGGAGUCGAAGCACAUUCCCACGGGUCAGUUGUCCCGGUACAGCGGCGCGGGACAGCUGGCGUCCACGGCUGCGCUCGCGCAACCAUUCAUCACGCACUCCGUCACGUCUUUUGAUGACAGCGUGUCAGACCGUCGGUCGUUGCUGUCGGUCGCGUCGGGCAUCUAUGAAGAGAUCCCUGACUUGCCCGAAUGCACCAACACAAACACCUUGUGUAGCAUCACGUGCGAUGUGCCUGAUGGAGUCUUUAAGGCGUUGGGCGCGUCGCUGCGCGAGGAGCCGACGUACGAGUGCGUGGGCGAGUGCGUGUACGCCACCAUGCGCCGCCGCCGCCCGCCGCCGCUGCCGCCACGACAUCCCGCGCCUAUAAAGCCGGGCUCGUGGUCCCGGGUAGGCACUCCUCGAGAAAGCAGUGUCACCCGACACUCGUCCCUCGGAGCCCUGCCCACCGCCCGCUGCGCCAACACGCUGCCGCUAGCGCAUGCCGCCACCAACACGCUGCCCAAGAGGCAACCCUUCAGUGUGUUCAGAAAACGUCUCAAAAGCGACUCACGCGUCGCCGGCUCCCAGAAAUCAGAAACAUCAAAAGAGAACAAAGACGUGGAAACUAAAAAGAAAAAGUUCGACUUCACGCCGACACGGGACAUCUUCAAGAGUUUCAAGGUCAGUCGCAAGAUGAAAAACCUCAAAAUCACUUCCGGAAACCUCUCUAAAGGCGAGACGAAGAGCUGCGAGUUUCUAGACGACACAGAACACGUUCAAACCAACCGCUGCUCGAAGUCCGUCGAAUGUCUCGAGAAUGACUUCGACUUCGAAGCGGACCUCUCCAUAGAAUUCACAGAGGACAGCGUCGCGGCUCUAUCUAUCCCCCAGCAAAUCGUAGAUCUCAUAUUAGGACACGAGCAGAUUAGCAAAGUACGUCUAAAAGAUGAAGUGGAGAGUGAUUACAUGCCGAUGUCGCCGAUCAUCCCGCCGCCGCCGCUCGAACACCACUACAUCGUCAUGUCGCCGCGGACCAACAUCGCAUGAACUGAACCUAGUCGCUAACGUAAGUUACUCUAAGCUCAUUCACACGACUGCACUCAUAUAUUCUAUGUAUGUAGGAUAUGUUUUGUAUUGUGUACGCUGAUGGUUUGACCAAAGACCAUUCUCAAAGAGAUUUGUUGGAUUUUAGUCUGGUUGUUGCAUUUUUGUAUGGAAUCCGUCUACUUCACAGUUGUAACAAUCUUCUAUUUUCAAUUCUGUGUAGACGACUUUGUGUACAAAAUUGUAAUAAUGUCAAAAAGACUAGGUAUGUCCAUCUUUGCUGGAUAUCGAUAUCGCUUGUGCAAUGUCGAUAAAACCUACUUAACUAUAUUUAUUGAACUGGUUUGAAAAUUGUAUUAUCGACAUUGUUUGUGCGGUCUCUGUUUUUUAUUAUACGUAUGUAUUUUAAAACUUGAAGAUACUAAAAAAAUCACAAUACUAUCAAAUAAACUUUGCCAGUAAAAGGCACAUCCGUUAAUUAAUUUUGCUAAGGGUAGUGAUGAUCGAUAGAUUUAUCGAUGAUUGUUAAAAAUACAUUUUAUCGGACUGAUUCGUGCGACAUAUAUCGAGUCACUAAACUUUUUGCAGUCAGCCUUGAAGAACUAAGGUAGCUGUGUUUAUAUAGACUGUGCUUUGAUCUGAAUAUCAUAGGUAGUUUAGAAAGUUACAACAAAAGACUUAAAAGGCACCUGACAAAUAUUUCGGAGGCGUUGUUAGUUCUCAAACAUGAUUUGACGAAUUGUGACAAUCGUUACAUGCAGAAUAGGACAGCAAAAUUAAAACAAAAUAACGGCCUUAAAACUAAAUAAUCACAGUACAAUAAUAAAAGCUCUCUAUAAAAAUCUAAACCGAAAAAGUUAACAUAUUUUGAAAAAUGUAUUUUAUUUGGAAUACCUAUUUAUUUUUCGAACGCUGAUUAAACGCAAAGGUGAACUAUUUACAGUAUUUAUUUGCACAAAGCAAGAAACUUUUACAUCGACUUAUUUUACUAACUUAUGAACUGUUAAAACUGAAACAUAUUACAUCACAAUAUUUUUGAAAAUACAAGUAAAUGUAUUAAACCUUUUCGUUCUAAAAGCGUAUUAUAAAUUGUAUCAAAGGACCAGAAACAUUUUUUCGUUUCUAAAAAUAAACCUUAAAAUGACGUUAACAACUUUGUUAAAAUAUCCAUAUAUUUAAUACCUUACCUCAAAAGAUCUUCCGAAACGUUGGCCUGAAUAAAUACGUAACAGAUAUGUAACUAUUUUUGAUAGCAACAGGUAAACAGCCUAGUUUUGUUGGGAAAAUGUUUAUGUAUUUAAUAAUUAACUUUGUAACUCAAUCAUUAAAUUAUUAUCGUCUUAAAUUAAUUGCACUUUACCCAACUAAAUUAUCUUAAAGCAAGCAUAAACCCACCACCCAGUUAAUGUAUUUGGCGCUAACUGUAUUUAAAACCAGUAUUGACUGAAA